ACCGCGACACCGUCACCCCACGAGUGCUCGAAGUUAAUACCGGCCUAAAACUAAAACACCGACUCCAUUCGCUGUGCGCCAGUAUGAUCCAACUUUUGUUUUCAGAUAGCGGAGGACGACGGCUUCCCGUCGCACGGGUGCGCAAAAUGUUGCCAGGAUGUUACUCUUGCGUACAGAUUCAUCCACACGUGUCGCAAGUCCGACACGCACUUGCGAACGCAGCAAAUCGAUGCAAAACAGUCCGAAGCUGAAGACUCGGAACUAUCUACCGUGGUAACGGAAGACGCGAAUGAAGAUAUCGAUUACAGCACAGAACCAUUGAUUCACAGCUCUAAACUGUUCAAAGUAGAAGCUUUAAUUGACCAACCGGAGGACCACUGUUUCGUAGACUGUGACGGAGAACUCGAUGGUGACGAUGGCAGCGGCACAGAGACCUAUGCUACUGAGUACCUUGAGGAAGAAUGCCCUGACCGAGAGGUUUCGACUGAGCACACGGAUCAAGAUCAGCGGUCUGUCUUUUGCUGUGACUUCAACUGCGUACGCCAAUUCAACACCGAAACGGAGCUUAGACGGCACAUGGCUUUACAGCAUUCGAUCGAUGGCGACGGCCAGGCAAGAAGUGAUGCUCUUCAUCGGUGUAGUAAUUGUGAUCAAUAUUUCAACGAUGCUGAAGCGCUUUCAGUUCAUUUAAAACAACUACAAUUGAAGCAAAGCAUUCUGGGCACUGUACAAACGGCCCGACAACAAGUGCAUCCUAAUCUGUUUAAUGCACCCGUGAAGAAGUGUUGCGGAUGCCUUCAAUCGUUCCAAUCGUUAGAGACGCUGUUGCAGCAUACCGAGCAGCAGCACUCGAUUCGCAAAAUGGCUCGUGACCCGAGCAGGCCGGCGCAGUGUGAAAUUUGUUACAAACUGUUUCGCUGCCACCCAAACAUGCGCUUCCACCAGAGGGUGGUCUAUCAACCGUGCAACUAUCGAUGUCACCUCUGCGACAGACUAUUCACCACGGCGAAUAAACUGUCCAGGCAUCAGAUCACGCACGACCCGAACCGCAAGUUUAGGUGCGUCGUUUGUGAUGCCACCUUUAAGGUAGAGCAGAAUCUGAAAAUGCACUCGCUGGUACACCAAGAGGAGAAACGGGAGGUGUGCAAAACGUGUGGGCUACGCUUUCGGCGGAAAUCGAACCUACGGAUGCACCAACGCACGCACAGCGACACGUACUAUCACGCCUGUGCGCACUGUGACCGAAAGUACAAGAACAAAUCGCAGCUCAGCGAGCACCUGAAGGUACACACGAAGGAACGACCGUAUCCAUGUCGGUUCUGCGAGAAGCGCUUUAUGUAUUACAGCGACUGGAAGCGCCACGAAACGACUCACACGGGCCAGUAUCCGUAUGUCUGCUCGUGCUCGAAACAGUUUAUUCGCAAAAACCGAUACACCCAGCACAUUGGCAAAUGUAAGGCCAGUGUUGAGGCGCUGGACAACGAAACAGGGAAAUAGAAA